GACAAUAAUACCAUCAUAUAUAAUGAAUUUCCCAAUUUAAUUAGAAUUCAUAAAUACAACAGAGAUAAUGAAUUUUAUCAAGAUAUAAAUAAUGAAAGAAAGAGUAUUAUAAUGAAACAAAAAUGCUAUUCAUAUAGCAUUGAUGAACUGGAUUCUAAUAGUAACGAUAAUAUCAACAACAACAACAACAACAACAACAACAAUAAUAAUAAUAAUAAUAAUAAUAAUAUAAAUAUAGAUAAUACAAACCCCACCUUACCUAAAGACGAACCUAUAAAAGAAAAAAUAAAAUAUAUUUGUACUUGUCCCAUCGAGUUUGAUAGUUUAAUAGAUUACGAAAAUCAUUAUCACAGUAUACACAAAAACUUUUGUACUAUAUGCAAAAAGAAAUCAUACCCAACCUACAAACUAUUAGAAUGUCAUAUUCUAGAAACACAUGAUACAAUGUUUGAUUUAUUAUGUGUAAAGCAAAAAAUGUUUUCUUGCUUUGUGUGUGAUAGAAUGUUUUGGUCCGAUCACAGUAGGAAGCUUCAUUUGGUAGAUUUUCAUAAAUAUCCAAUGAAUUAUCAUUUUCAUACGAAAAAAAGAGCUAGAGAAUUAGAUCAAUUAAGAAUAGGUUACCUUAAUAAAAAUAAUAAAAAAGAUAAAGAAAAAGAAUCAAAAGAAGACAAAAUGGAAAUUGAUCAAAUGAUUAUGGAUUUGGAGUCCAUCAAUACAAAA